CCAAACAUUCAUAAGAUCUAUCAAUAUUUUAUGAAACAUGAUCCAUAACAUUCACGUCAACCAAAAUGCAGAUACAUGGGCACCCAAACUAAAGCACUACGUAUGUCUAAGAAAUGGGAGUUUGCGCAGUUGUUGCACUUUUGAAUCAGGAAAAAAUAUAUACAUUAAUAGACUGCACCCUAUAUGACAAAAUGGUAACAAAAUCUUAAUUUUUGACACGACGUUUUUCAGGGGCACUUUUGGCCACUCAGAUGACAUUUUUGCCGUAUCUGAGAGGACUUGCACACAUAACGGGCACAUAGAGUAAAAAAGGGGUGUCAUGCGGUAAAAAAUGGGAGGCCACAUCCCCCCAAGCCCACCAAGCUCCGUGUUCUGCCACCUCUGCCUGAAAAUUCAUUUACAGGCUUAACUUAAACAUGAAAAACAAUUCCGGUAGUCCACAUUAGUUCUCAGUGGCUCAAUUUAGAGAAUGAGGCAGGAAGGAUGAGUACUCUGGGGAAAGUCCUUCAAGCAUAGGGAGAAAAGUCCACCCAGCAGGGCUCCCAGAUUUGAACCCCCAACCUCAGAAGGGCAGGCCGGAUGGGCUCACCACUCCCUCACCAUGCCAGAUUGUCAGGUUAUUCAAUGAGGCUUUGACAAAAAAACGAAAAAAAUAAAAAUAAAAAAUAGAAUGAGUUAUCGUGGAUAAGACAAUUUUAUCUUUAUUCCCAGUGAUUUUGAUUAUCAUCAAGAAAGUUGCGGAAAACUGAUAAGUUUGAAUUUUUCAAUUAAACUCCUGUGAGCUAUUUUUUCAUUUCUUUACUGCAUUUGUCCGAACAAAUGCAAAAGCAGGCAUUAAAAAUGAACAAGAAACUGAAGAAAGAAGGGUGGUCUAAUAUUUUUUGGAUCCAAACCUUGAUUAAAAUAUAUUAAGAUUUCGGUGGUGGUAAUAGGUUAAAAAGUUUUGGGUGUUGUCUUGUCAGUAAACAACCGAGGGAGACUGUUACUCCACUUUAAAUGCGAUCUCGGGAGGGGGACUUGAGAGUUUGUAGGGAAGUCGAGGGAGGAGGAAGAGGAGGAGUUUCUUGUGUGCGCUGCCGUUCAAGUGAGACCAGACCAUCUCAUUCUUCUGGACCACAAACAGGUCCGCACCAUCACAGUCUAUCAGGUUUGACAGCUUUUCCCACAGAGCGGUGUUUUCUCUGGAAAGAUCUUUUCCCCCAAGAAGUAAAGAUGGAACAAAUUGAAGAUGAUAAGCCCAAGAAGAAAAUCACCUUCUACCUUCUCUACUGCGUGUCCACCGCAGUCAUCGGCUCGCUGCAGUUUGGAUACAACACCGGCGUCAUCAAUGCACCUGAACAGAAGCUGCGGAGGUUCUUCCAAAAUGUGUCCCUGGAGCGCUUCAACGAGCCCUUCAGCCCGGGAGCCAACACCAUGGUGUGGAGUUUCGCGGUGGCCAUCUUUAGUGUGGGCGGCAUGGCGGGCUCUUUCAGUGUGGGGGCCAUUGUCAACAAGUUUGGCAGGAGGAAGUCCAUGCUGCUGGCGAACAUCCUGGCCCUGCUCGGCGGGGGCCUGAUGGGACUGUCCAGCCUCAGCCGCUCUUUCGAGAUGGUCAUCAUCGGCCGCUUGAUCAUCGGCGUCUUCUGCGGUCUGUGCACGGGACUGACACCCAUGUACGUGGGAGAGAUCGCCCCCACCGCCCUCCGCGGGGCCUUUGGCACCCUUCACCAGCUGGGCGUGGUUAUCGGCAUCCUGGUGGCGCAGAUUUUUGGUCUAGAGUCUCUUCUGGGCUCUGAUACUCUCUGGCCCAUCCUCCUGGCUCUGACUGCGCUACCUGCAAUCCUGCAGAGCAUCAUGCUGCCCUUUUGCCCCGAGAGCCCCCGAUACCUGCUCAUUGUCCUCAAACAGGAAGAGGAGGCCAGGAAAGCACUGGUGCGUCUGCGUGGCUGCGAGGACGUGAGUGACGACAUCGACGAGAUGAAGGAGGAAGGGAUGCGGAUGGCCAUGGAGAAGAAAGUCACCAUCCUGGAGCUUUUCCGCUCUCACAACUACCGGCAGCCCAUCAUCAUUGCCAUCGUCCUGCAGCUCUCUCAGCAGUUUUCUGGCAUCAACGCCGUAUUCUACUACUCCACGGGCAUCUUUGCUACAGCGGGUGUAACUCAACCCAUCUACGCCACCAUUGGAGCUGGAGUGGUCAACACUGUGUUCACUGUCGUAUCCCUCUUCCUGGUAGAGAGGGCGGGCCGCAGGACCCUACACCUCAUCGGACUGGCUGGAAUGGCCAUUUCUGCCUUGGUUAUGACCAUCUCGCUCUCUCUAGUGAAAACAAGCCCGUCCCUGAGCUACUUGGCCAUCGUGGGGGUCUUCGCCUUCGUUGCCAGUUUUGAGAUGGGCCCCGGUCCCAUCCCCUGGUUCAUCGUGGCCGAGCUUUUCUCACAGGGGCCUCGACCCGCCGCCAUGGCCGUGUCUGGCUUUUCCAAUUGGACCGCCAACUUCUUGGUGGGCCUUGGCUUCCCUAAACUGGAGGAACUUUGUGGUCCUUACGUGUUCAUCAUCUUCAUGGUACUGCUCAUCCUCUUCUUCAUCUUCACCUUCCUGCGGGUGCCCGAGACCAAAGGAAGGACCUUCGACGACAUCGCUCAAGGCUUCGCCGCGAGCGGCGCCAAGUCCUCCGGCUCCCCCGUGCCGGAGGCGGCGGUUGUGGGCCUGCCCGAGAGCAAAGAACCGCCGCCCAUGUCCCCCUCGGAAAAGGUCCCCAUGGUGGAUCUUCCUGCGGAGAAGCCGUAGGAGUAAGUCGUGUGACGACAGGGCGGUUAGCAGAGGUCAGUGUAAUAACAUCACGUACAAGACGACUUGUAGUUUGAAACAAAUCAUCUUAAACAGGAUUCCCCCGCCCCACACUUGGAAAUACCAAAAUAAUUAACUGAGGUCCUUGCAAGCCUGCUUAAGCGGAAUUGCCGGCCCUUGAAAGUUUGUUGACAUUCCUCGCAUGCUGCCUCCUUUUUAAGAGGAUCAACAUGUGUUCAGUGUUAAGACCCCCACCCCCACCCCCACCCCCUGGCCAUCAGCUGUCUUAGAAGGUAGCUGGAUUUGAGCUUUUAGAUAUUGAGGUCGAGCUCGGAAAAGCCAGGCUGACCCCAAAAACACUGAUGGCAAGGGUUCCCCAUGCACUCCCCUGAGUUGUACAGACAAAUAUUUAGGAUAGACUUCAAAAUAAAUACAUCAAAGCAAGGUCAUUCGUUGGAUCCUGCCGCAUGGGAACUGUCACAUGUGUGAAUCUAUUGUGAAGGUGUUGGACUUGGCUGCUAAAGAAGAAACGCCAUCCGUGUGGACGUCUACUCCCAAUAAGAAACUUGAUUGUGUGACAAUGAGGUGCAGUUUCAGCUCUUAACCUUCUGUACGUUUUACAUUAAACAUUGCUGUUUACCUCCCCCCCCCCCACUCAAAUAGAGGACCAAGAGCCACCUUUCACCAUUUGACUUUUUUUUUUUUUUUAACAUAUCCUAUUGUCAGUAUUUGUGCUCAAGCAAUUUUUUUUUUUUUUUAAAUUGCCAUGGCGCUAUUUGGUGGCCUCUUGGAGCUUACUGUGCAGUCAAAACUCUUGACUUGUUGAGCCCUGCCUAAGAGAAAUGGAGUGCUUUGCCGCCAACUUGUUCCAUGUACAGACUAUAACGAAGGUGGGGCCUCAAUUACGCGCAGAUUUUUGCUUUUAGCAGUGAGGUUCAUCCACCUAAACCAGGGUUAGCGGACAAAUGGGGUACGGGCCAGAACCAGCCCAUUGGUAAUGAGUUGGACGGCGCCGAGCUAAAAGCUGUGAGUAACUGACACCCACCUUUUAUAAUCGCUUAUACAUACACCACAAGAUGUCAGCGAAGCACUACAUUUCUAUUAAACAGAGCUACAGCCUGAAUGAAGCUCAUGUCCUCACUUCAACAUAGUUCCUUGGCACCGAGAUGCCACAAGAUGGCAACAAAGCAGUACUUUCAAACCGGACUGGGCUUUGGCCGAUCGUAAGAACAGCGACUAGGUGAAUGGUGCGAACGGUGACUCCGCAGGGGCCGACUGAUUCGAUCAAUUCUGUUGAUCUCGCAGGUCAGUGAAGAGAUCGAUUUAAAAACACUAGCAACUUGUAUUUGUGUCAGUGCUUUCAAUGCACAAAAAUAAACAUUUAUUUGUUUUUAAUACCGCUGCAGUGUCAGUAAUAGCUAACAGUUGAACGGAACUUGGCCAGCGGUGUUAGAUUUGCACUUUGCCAUGUCAGACUUUGAUGGUGACUGUCGAAUGUGCCUGCUUUAAUAAGUCAUCCACUGGAAACGUUCUACCAAUUUAUGUCAUAUAUCGGACUGCGACCUGCCCCGCUAGAUCCAUUUGUUGGCUGACAUGUUUCAGUUCACCCUCAUAUCUAGGUACCUAAUCUAUUGAGGAGUGUACAUUUGGUAAAUGCUCUAAUUUUUUUAUUUUUCAUGCACUUCUGUCUUUGGACCGUUACUAUACUCCUCCUGAAUGCCACUCUAUAUGCCAGCCUUUAUUAUGUAUAUUUUGCUCCGUCUGCAUUUUUAUAUUGGUAAAAGGUACGUGUCAAGCGGGUGUCGUAUUGUGACAUUCUUGCGAGAUGCUUUCAAAAGAAUUGAAAAUAAAUGUGUACAGCUGUU